CAUUCAAUAUGUCUGCGCCCCACAGCAAGGUGGUAAAGGAGCAACUUUUUCUUUACAGCAAGACUUAACAACAGUUUACUGUGCGGUCUGUAGACAGUGUGUGACUGAAACCUGAUCCGUUAGAGUCAGCGAUGUUUGACACAAGUGGAAAACCAAAAGGAGGCAUUCGUUUGUUGUUUGAUUUCAAGAUUAAUCACAGUGAGUUCUCAAAUGCUCUUACUUUGUAUUUGUAGGUAGAAAUACAACCCUUCAUCGCAACAACGAGGUUGGGUUAUGACUUCGUUGUAUUCAGAAUACCUCUGAAUAUAGUUAUUGUAUCGCCAUUUAUCUUGGCUAGAAAUAAAAACAAGAUUUUUGAAUGAAAUUUGGCUGAAUGUUCCUUCAGUGCCAAAGCCUGACCACACAGUGAAUCUCCCAAACAAAUCUGCUCAUACAAUGGCUUACAGAAGAGCUUUAAACCUUCUUCCGAGACGAAAAGAGUGUGUCUUCAGUCUGCGGAUAGCUGGUUUUCAAAAAUCACCAAAUGUCACCAGACAAACUGUUAGAUUUCCUGAACAUGCCAACCAGCACUGUGGUGGAACUACAAGAGCUCUUCACACCGGUACACCAUUGAUGGUGGCCAAACUACUGACAGUGGAUGAGCUUUUUGCCAAGACGUCUCUGCAGGAAUACCUGAAGAAGGUUGAGACGGAGUACAGUGAAUGUUUGAGAGCAGCCAACAGCAUUGAGACGGAGGAGCAAUGCAGUGAGGAUGAGCUGAGGGUCAAAAGGACUCAAGUGUCCCUGCUGGGUCCCCUCGUCAAGAGCAUCAGAGAGCUGGACAGCAAACGCAAAGAGAUCGCUGAGACCGAGGUGCUCCUGAAAGAUGAAGACCCAGCCCUGCGAGAACUGGCAGAGCUAGAAAGAGAAGGCUGUUUGCAAGAUAUUCAAGAUCUUAGUCAAAAGAUCCUGGAAAUGUUGAUUCCUGAAGAGGAGGCAGAUCUGAGCGACCUCGUCCUGGAGGUUACAGCUGGUGUUGGUGGUCAGGAGGCGAUGCUGUUCACCGCUGAGGUGUUUGACAUGUACCAGGGCUACGCUCAGCACCACGGCUGGUCCUUUGACAUCCUGGAGAACACGACCAGUGAAAUAGGUGGACUACGUCACGCCUUGGCCAGCAUCAGCGGUCCUCAGAGUUACAAGAGAAUGAAGUUUGAGGCUGGAGUCCAUCGAGUUCAGAGGGUUCCCAAGACUGAAAAACAGGGCAGAAUGCACACCAGCACCAUUACUGUGGCUGUACUGCCCCAACCCACCGAGAUCUCAUUAACGAUAAACCCAAAGGACCUGAAGAUAGAGACCACGAGAGCGAGUGGAGCUGGAGGUCAACAUGUCAACACCACAAACAGUGCAGUCAGAAUAGUCCAUCUGCCUACAGGUGUGGCUGCAGAGUGCCAGCAGGAACGGUCCCAGAUAAAGAACAAAGAGAAGGCCAUGAAGGCUCUGAGAGCAAAACUGUACAGCAUGAAGCUAGAGGCGGAAACCAGCAAACGCCACAACCAGCGUAAAAUACAGAUUGGCACCAAAGGCCGAUCAGAGAAGAUUCGAACCUACAACUUUGCCCAGGACCGUGUAACAGACCACCGGAUCAGCCUGACGGUGCACGACAUCAAGAGCUUCAUGCUGGGAGAGGACCUGCUGGACGAGAUGAACUCCACGCUACAGGAGUUCUCCUACCAGGAGAUACUAAUGGAACUGCUGGGAGAAAACAACCAGGAGGGCUCGUGAUGAACAUGGAUUAUGCAGGAAUGGAAACUUUGUGCUGUAAUUUUGGUCAGUCCUACAUUCCUACCGCUUCAGAUUCUGCAACCGAGGAAAAGGACCUUGAUGGAUUGUAAGGAUGACCAAGUCUUAAUGUUUCUGCCCUUCCAAUACAAAAAAACAAAACAAAAAAGACAUUAUUUCCAUACUCAUGUCCAGGUAUCUCGGACAAAGUCAGAACAAACAUAAAAGUGGCUAAUAAAAUGACUAAACUGA